AUGUCUGUAACAACCUCCACCACAUCUUCUGCAUCAGCCACCUCCAGCUGCACUGCCAAGCUGUACGACAUCCCAACCCACGAUGCAGCCUGUGCAAUGCCCAUGCAGAGCAACAAUUCCGCUAUCAUGAGCAGCUGCUGCUCCAACGCAUCUGUCGUGGAAUAUGACGGCUGCGACUACUACUGUCUGGCUCAAGGACAGAGUGUUGGAACCCUAGCCGAAUGCCUCAUCAAAGCCUCCGAAGCUGGCGAGGUGUGGUGCAACACCAAUGCGAAUGCCACGGCGACUGCGACAGCCACUGCUACCGGUACUGGAGUAGUGACUCAGGGUGUCUCGACUACUGGCGCAGAUUCUACUAGCUCGAGCACUUCGACUGGUUCGACUGCCACUUCGACGGCCAAUGCGGCUGCUGGUGUGGUUUCUCGGCCACUGUCAAAGUCUGCUAUUGGGAUGGUUGGAAUUCUUCUGCUUGGAUCCGUGGCAGGUCUCUUCUCUUGA